AUGUACAGACAAAAUAAGGUUUCCUUUGGAGUAGUAAUACUAUUGUUGUUAGUAAGUGCGACAAAACCAUAUGAUGAGGAAGUAUUUGCUCAAAAAAUUCAGCAAAAGAUAUAUGGAGGUGUUAUCAGCGAGCGUAGUUCCAGGCCCUUUCAAAUAGCGUUAUACCUACGAGUGGGAUCAACAGGCGAUAUCGGCUUUUGCGGCGGGUCGCUCGUUCACAAACAAUGGGUGCUAACUGCUGCACACUGCUGCUUCCAUGACAAUGAUAUGGUUACUCAUGUACAGGCAAUAUUAGGAGCACAUUCAUUGUAUGACCGUUAUGAAAAUGGACGUCGUUUAGUCAACGUGGAAGAAAUCAUCGUACACCCAGAUUGGGAGCCGAGUGUAUUUUCUAAUGACCUAGCUCUUUUAAAACUAGCUAAUGCUGUUCAGACUUCUGAAUCAAUAGAUAUAAUACGUCUUCCAUACCUAGAUACAGUAGCGGCCAAUUUCGCCGGCCGCGGUGCGACUGCCUCCGGGUGGGGGAUUGCUGCUGUUGGUGUCACCUUCGUAUCACCAACACUUCGAGAGAAGCUGAUGACGGUGAUGACGGACGGUUUGUGCAGAUCUAUUUACAUGGGGCAUCUACCUGACAACAUGGUCUGCGGAUUUAGUGUGGCAUCUGGUACUUGUAAGGGUGAUAAUGGCGGCCCUUUCACUAUAUAUUCAACUGCUACGAAUGAAACUAUUUUGAUCGGAGUAACCACGUUCGUGGAAGCGAGCGGAUGCAACGACGAGAUGCCCUCCGUGUUCACGCGCGUGCAGCAUCAUUUGUCCUGGAUCAGUGACAUCACGGGAAUCGUUUUGGAC